AUGUUUGGGCUCACCAAUAACGUCACCCUCGACCAGCGGAAGCGCCAGAUGGCCCUCGCCGGCGCCACCGUGCUCGUGGUGGUGGCUUUGCUUGUGCUCACUCCCCUCUACCAGUGGAUAAAGAUUGCCGCCACUCCCCUCGACCAGCCCGACCGCUGUGUCAUUUACCCCAAAAUUGCUCCCAAGCACUCCGCCAAGGAUAACGCCACCGUCGAGGGCAUUUUGCACGAUGCCCUGUUCCGCAAACACGCCGUCCGCAAGCUUUCGGGAGCAGUGCAAGUUGACACCCAAAUUGGCGACCAAUUGCCACCCGUUGACGACAAGAAGUACUGGGGCAAGUUCAAGGACUUCCACAAGUACUUGGAACAGGCGUUCCCCGCCGUGUACCUGGCGUUGCUGGUGGAUACUGUCAACACUUAUGGUUUACUCUACACCUGGCCUGGCUCCGAUAAAUCGCUUAAACCAGUGUUAUUAAUGGCUCACCAGGACGUGGUACCCGUCCAGCAAGCGACGUUGGAUCAAUGGAAGUACCCUCCCUUCAGUGGCCACUACGACGGUGAGUUUAUCUACGGUAGAGGCACUUUGGACUGUAAGGGACAAGUGAUUGCGAUUUUGCAAUCGUUGAGCAUUCUCAUCGAACGGGGCUACAAGCCUAAGCGUACCAUCUUAGUUUCCUUUGGUUUUGAUGAGGAAUCGCUGGGCUACCACGGUGCGGCUUACUUGGCUAAGGAGAUUGAACGCAGAUACGGUAAGGACUCCCUUUUUGCGAUUAUUGACGAAGGGUCUGCCAUCCUCAACGACCCCUUAAGUGGUCAAAUUGUUGCUGCUCCCGCUACCGGUGAAAAGGGCUACGUCGACAUCCACACCAGUCUUUUCACCAAAGGUGGCCACGCCCUGAUCCCCCCUCCCCAUACGCUGAUUGGCAUCAUGGCCGAGCUUGAAGUCGCCAUCGAAAAGGACCCCUACGAACCCAUUCUCACUGACGCUAACCCGUUCUUGCACCAGCUUGAGUGUGCGGCUGUCCACGGCACCCACUUGAGCAGAACCGAGAGAAAGACGAUCUUGAGAGCUGCCUUUGACAAGUACGCCAACGAUAAGGUGAUCAAGUCGUUGCACGGUACUCCCGGCCAGUACUUGGUGCAAACUUCGCAAGCUUUGGACAUCAUCAAGGGCGGGGAAAAGGCUAACGCUUUACCCGAACACACUAAGCUUGUCACCAACCACAGAGUUGCCAUUGGCCAAUCGGUGAAGGAAGUCACCCACCACUUCGUCAAGAGAGUGGUGGAAGUGGCUAAGCGCCACGACUUGGAGGUCCACGCCUACGGCAAGCAAGUGCUUAAGGGCUCGAAGGGGGUGUUCAACAUUACCACCCUGGGCGCUCUCCCCGCCGCUCCCAAGUCUCCCACCAACAACACCCUGUGGAAGGUAUUGGCCGGUGUCAACCGUCACGUGCUCGAGGAUUUUGGCGUGUUCCCUAAGAUCGACUACAAGGUGAUGACUGUCCCUUCGAUCAUGACGGGUAACACCGACACUCGCCACUACUGGAACUUGACCAAGAACAUCUACCGGUUCUCGCCGUUGGUGAUGCACCCGGACACCUUUUCGCGGAUCCACUCCGUCGACGAGCGGGUCAAGGUCGACGACCACUUGUUGAUGAUCGCCUGGUUCCACGAGUACCUCUCGGUGGUCACCGACAACUUCAAGAUCGACGAAUAG